CCCCUUUUGAACCGAUUGGACCAGUCCAAGUUCUCCAGGACCUGUCAUGGCGGACGCCACGAAUACGCGAAGUUUCAGCGCGAUGGUGAGUCCGAAAGUCCUGAGUUCGAAGCUCGGGGAGUGGGAUCGGAAGCAGGCACCGACAGCCCACCUCACGGAGCGGCAGAGAGACAGCUUCAUGGAGCUGACGUCCCACGCACAGAGCCGGCCGCUGCCCAUAGAGUUGCCUCUUGAUGACGGAGGCUAUGUACAGAGAACAGCCCUACAUGGCCUGGGAGCCAGGCUAGGCACUGGGGAGGAGGAUGCAGUGCUGAAGGGUUUCUCUUCACUUCAGAUGGAGGAGGAGAAGAUAGAAAAUGCACAAAAGUUCUUCUCCUGGUUCAACAAGGUGGAGUCCAUGAUAGAGGAAGAGGAGGAGUCGUGUUACAGGUUCCCAGCAGAACGUCUGAAGGAGCACAGACAGGAGUGUGACCAGGUUCUUGGAGACGUCUCCUCAGCCCUGGACCAUCUUCAGGAGCUACAGAAACAGUACAUCUUCGUCUCCACCAAGACAAACGCCCUGCACGAGGCCUGCGAACAUCUGCUGCAGGAACAGACUAAGCUUGUGAACGCAGCAGAGAGCAUCAACAACAAGUUGUCCUACUUUACAGAGCUGGAGAGAAUAAGCACGAAGCUGAACUCCCCGGCCAUGUCUGUGACCAGCGACUCCUUUGUGCCCAUGCUGUCCAGGAUAGACGAGUGUGUGGCCUACAUCAACAGUCAUCCUGACUUUGCCGAGUGUGAUGUUUACCUGGCCAGGUUCAGACAGUGUCUCUCCAAGGCUCUCAACCUGAUCAAGACUUAUGUGGUCAACCUUCUUCAGCAGGCUUCACAACAGGUGCAGCCUAAGGGCAAGGAUGCCCAGAGUCCGUCUGACAAUGCCUUCACACUUUACUAUGGCAAGUUCAGAACCAACGCUCCAAGGGUCAAACUUCUGAUGGAGCAGAUAGAAGACAGAAUAGACAGGAGUCCUGAAUACCAACAGCUGCUGAACGACUGCCACCAGUGUUAUUUUAACCAGCGACAGCUCCUGCUAGGGCCCAGUGUGACAACUGCAGUCACAGAGAUGGCAGGGCACCACGUCAGGGACCACUGCGCCCUGGUGCGAAGCGGCUGUGCCUUCAUGGUCCACGUGUGUCAGGACGAACAUCAGCUGUUCGCUCACUUCUUCAGCAGGAAAACACCAAAACUAGAUGUUCUUCUUGAAGGCCUGUGCAAUAGUCUGUACGAUGUCCUCAGGCCGCUCAUCAUCCACAUACAGCACCUAGAAACCCUGUCUGAGCUCUGCAGUAUACUCAGGGUUGAAAUGCUGGAGGAACAUGUACAAAAUAACCCUGACGAGCUGCGAGCCUUUGAGACGGUAGCACUGCAGAUGUUAGAGGAUGUUCAGGAGCGGCUGGUGUACCGCGCUCAUAUCUACAUCCAGACGGACAUCCAGAGCUACAACCCCGCCCCAGGGGACCUCGCCUACCCGGAUAAACUGGAGAUGAUGGAGAGAAUAGCGCGUAGCAUAAAGGAGGAAGAGGCCCAGAGGAGAAGUGAGACGGGUUCUGUUUCAUCCACCUCCAGCGGGAGGGACCAGGACGCCUUUACGGACGUGCCACUCGCUAACGACACUCAGAACCAAGCACACACCAAUGGACAGGUCAAGACGGAGGGGGCCAUAGAACUGCCAGCCAAGCCGAGGUCGGAUCUUGACAUGGCCAAUCACAACGUGUCGCUGUCGCCAGCUGACAUCCACGGCAUGUGGUACCCAACGGUGCGCAGGACGCUCGUCUGCCUCUCCAAACUCUACCGCUGUGUCGAUAGAACCAUUUUCCAGGGCCUGUCCCAGGAAGCACUGGCAGCCUGUGUGCAGUCUCUUAUUGUAGCAAGUGUCUCCAUAGCAAAACUCAAGACUGAGAUGGACGGGGAGCUGUUCCUGAUCAAACACCUGCUGAUCCUGAGGGAACAGAUCACACCCUUCCACGCAGAGUUCGCCAUCAAGGAGAUGGCUCUCGACUUUUCCACUGUCAAAAGUGCAGCGUUUGGCCUGCUGCACAACCGCUCCAAACUGUUCACCUUCAGCACAAACAAUGCGCUGUUGGAGUUCCUGCUGCAGGGUGCCCCGCAGGUGGUGGAACAUUACGUGGACUCGAAGCGCGAGGUCGAUCGCCAGCUGAAGCGAACGUGUGAAGAGUUCAUCCAACACGUGGUGAAGGGCUUCGUAUCGCCUCUCACUGACUUCAUCAACAAGGCCAAUGUAAUAGUGAACAUGAACAAGGAAGACUCAGGACCAAAAGUGUCUUUACGGCAACAGCCUUUUGCUGGAGCAGAAACGGUGCAUGAGCUGGUGACGAAGACGUACAAAAACAUCAAGGGCCAACUUCCCGUCAUCCUGAAGAGCAUGGCCCUCUAUCUGGCCAACAAGGACACGGAGUUUAUACUCUUCAAACCUAUUAAGAUGAAUGUGCAGACAUCGUUCCAGCAGCUCCACGACAUCGUGGUGGAGAACUACCCUGAAGACGAUCAGCAGAUCAUCUCCUGCCCCUCCCCUGACCAGGUCCACCUCCUCAUGGCAGUGCCUUCCUAGGGUCGUCCUCGAGAUCCAGAAAUUAUUCCUUAAGUGUUUGUAAUGAUGUCUGUCUUCAUCAUGUUGUGGCGUACCUGGUGUUUGGCCAAGAAGCCUUCCUAGGGUCGUCCUCUAGGUCCAGAAAUUAUUAGUAGUAGUAGUCUUAGUUGAGGACAUCAUCAGCCUUCCUAGUGU